CUCUCUCUCCCUCCCUCCCCUCCCCCCUCAGUCGCUGAGGGCACAGCCCCGUGAGCGGCAGACGGGAGAGAAGGAGAAAGAGGAGGAGAGGAAGGAGAGAGAGAGAGAGAGAGAGGGAGAGAGAGAGAGAGAGAGAAAAGAGGACAAAUAAACCCUCGACGUGAAGUUCUGAGAGAAAAGAAACAUGAAUGGACACAUCUCAACUUACCACCAGGGAGGAUUCGAGUCAUAUUCCUCCCAGCUAAUUGGCUAUGCUUCGCAAACAUUGAUACAGCCAGAGAUGGACAAUACUUCAUCAAAGUCGAGUGGAAAAGCCCUGUAUGGAGUCGAUGGAUUGUACUUCUUCCGUUCUUCAAAACAUAAAACGAAAGAACAAAGGAAAAACUAUGCAAAAUCAAGUGUUAUAAUGCCUGAAACCUCACAGUAUCGCGUUGAGCACCUGACAACUUUUAUCGUGGAUCGUAAAGAUGCUAUGAUAACCAUAGAUGAUGGGAUAAGAAAACUGAAACUGCUGGAUGUGAAGGGCAAGGUCUGGACCCAGGACAUGAUCCUACAGGUGGAUGAGAAAGCCGUCAGCUUGAUUGAUAUGGAGACCAAGAACGAAUUGGAGCACUUUACCUUUAACACAAUCCAGCAUUGCCAGUCUGUGAUGAAUGCCUGUAACUAUAACUCCAUUCUGGCACUUGUUUGUAAGGAGCCGGGCCAAGGCAAACCUGACAUUCACCUUUUCCAAUGCGAUGAAAUUAAGGCUGAUUUGAUCCAUGCAGACAUAGAAAGUGCAAUUGCUGACAGCAAAACCGGCAAGCAGAAAAAAAGACCUGAUACUCUGAGAAUGAUCGCAAAUGCAGAUUCCUCCACCUCCAUCCCUCCACCUCCGAAUGCCCCAGCUCCCGUCCCUCCAGGAACAGUGACUCAAGUGGAUGUUAGGAGCCGAGUUGCAGCUUGGUCAGCUUGGGCCUUACCUGUAGAUCAAGAUGACAAACAGAGAGUCUUCCAUGAACAUGAGGAAACUCAAGAUAUGACAGCAGUCCGGAUUGACCGCGAUGUGCAAAUUUUGAACCAUGUUUUGGAUGAUAUUGAAGCAUUUGUGGUUAAACUGCAGAAGGCAGCUGAAGCAUACACUGAACUUUCCAAACGGAAAAAAUCGAAAAAAAGUAAAAAGAAAGGACCAGGAGAGGGUGUUUUGACUCUCCGUGCAAAACCACCGAUACAGGACGAAUUUGUAGACUGUUUUCAGAAAUUCAAGCAUGCUUUUAACCUUCUGGCCAAACUAAAAGUACACAUUCAGAAUCCUAGCGCAGUAGACCUAGUACACUUCUUGUUCACACCUUUGAACAUGGUUAUACAAACAAGUGGUGGACCCGAAGUGGGUAGUUCUGUUCUCUCUCCACUCUUGACAAAAGAUGCCAUAGAUUUUUUAAAUGCAUGCGUCCUAUCUGAAGAAAGACAAGUUUGGUUUUCUUUAGGUGACACAUGGACUAAACCAAGAUCAGAGUGGCCCAAAGAUCAGUUUGUUCCACCCUACAUGCCUCGCUUUAGAAAUGGCUGGGAGCCUCCAUUGUUAUCUUUCCUGGGAACAGCACGUGAACAAGAGCUAAAUAAUUUAGCUGAGUCUGUGGCAAACGCAGAGCACCAACGCAGGCAAGAAGAACAGAGGAGAUUGAGUGAAGAGCAAGCGAUUUCACAGGAGUACUUUCCAGCUGACGGGUAUGCAUUCAACAAGUCAGUUUGCAAGGGACGAUCUGCGCUGCAGCAAGGAACAGCUAAAGCUGGCUUUCAGAAAAGUAGUAGUCGACAUGUAGAUAGAAAUUAUGAAGCUUAUGGUAAAGUGGAUCCCCCGAGACUUGCCAAAUCAAAAUAUGAUUUUGUAGCAAGAAACAGCAAUGAGCUAUCCGUUAUGAAAGAUGACUUACUGGAGAUUAUUGACAAUAAGAAACAAUGGUGGAAAGUGAGAAACCAGAGUGGAAUGUCUGGGUAUGUGCCAAACAAUAUUCUGGAUGAAGUGAAAGAUCCUCAUGAGUCUGGAGAAGGACGGUCUGAAGCUCUCUACAGUCAGACAAUUCAGAAACAAAAGUUAGAUUACGUUCCAAGAUCUCUCAAUCCAGUACCUCCUGCUCCUUCGCCUCCACCAACCCCAGCUCCAGCACAUAUGCCUGGCUCUGUUGCAUCUCCAUUUUUAGGUGGUGUAACUAAAGGAUCUUCCAGAAAUAUCAGCCGGCAGAACAGCAGCAGCUCUGUUGAAAGUAAUGGUCCGCUAAGGGAUAGUCCGAAGGACAGACAGAUCCCACUCAAUCGCAGGAAAUCUCAUAUGGAAGAAGUACAGGAUGAGCUGGUGCAUAGACUUACAAUUGGACGCAGUGCUGCGCAGAAGAAGUUCCAAGUGGUGCGGAGCAACAGUUCUACAGUUACUGUUUCCUACGAAUCAUCUCCAGAAGAAGUAACGGAAUGGCUUCUGGCUAAGGGAUUCAAUGCUGUUACGGUGAACAGUCUGGGAGUACUCACAGGAGCACAGCUUUUCUCUCUAAACAAGGACGAGCUCAAGACCGUUUGCCCUGAAGAUGGUGCUCGGGUUUAUAGUCAGGUUACAGUACAGAAGGCUGCAUUAGAGGAUAAACGUGGGACUUCAGAGCUGGAAGAAAUCAUGAAGCGGAGACAAGAAAAACUGAAUGCUGCUGGUUGUGACUCAGGAGUGGAAUCUUUUGAUGAAGGAAACAGUCAUUAGUAUAGUGUCAUUACCUUGAACACUUCUUUUUUUGAUUUAGGAAAUCACUGAGGGAUCACCUGACUUUUUACAGAUUAUGCGCAGAAGGCACAAAAUGAUGGACCAGUGAAGCGUACUUCAAAAAGGACAAGCUGUAAUGAAUACAUUUUGCUAAGUUUUUAUUACUGUGAUCUAGUGCAGGAUUCCAUAAAAAUCAUUAAGUGACAUCAAUAAAAUUCCAUACAUCUUUUGCAAGUAGUGUUGAUUUAUUUCUCUUUGAAUAUAAUUUAAAAUUGCUGCUUUGGUUUGUUGCAUUGAGACUCAAUGCAGUAAGCUGCCUUGUACUUUUCUGUAGCAGACUGAGAAAAGGGAGUAGGAUUCAGUGUUAUAAGUCAAUAUUGUGUAUUAGAUUAAAUUCAGAUCAGUUAAGAUUAUUCAUUCAUUGGUAAUGAGGUACUAAAGGUGGAGCACUAUUUUGUGGUUGGCAUUUGAGUUGAGUGUAAAUUGUCAUGGUCUUAACGUAGAAGAAGAAAAAAAACAUCAAAUAUAAUUGACUUAACAAAAGCAGAAUUUUCUCAACAAACUUGCAUUACAUUAAAAGGAAAUUCCAGUUUUAAAACUUUUCAAAAAUGUGUAUUCAAAAGACUUCAGUUUGCUGCAGCUAUUUUAUUGGGCAUGAAAACAGACUUGUUGGUUUAAAGAUGUAACGUUGACUGAAACACUGAUUGAAAUGUACUUUCAUAUCUAUGUUACAUACACUGAAACACCAAAUCAUUUCACUACAGUUUCUAGUAUACGUCACAGUUUGAACUUAAAAUGUUAGAAUUUUCUUAUCUUGGUGUUAUUUUAUGAGAAAGUGCUUGACUGAAAAAUAAUGUUGUAUAUUUGAGAACUUAAAUCCAUUUAGAAGGAUUUUGUAUUGUAUUUGUAUAGUUUCAUGGUGCCUUUUUCCAUAUAAUUCUGCUGUAAUUCUGAAAUAAAUAGUAUUUACCACAA